AUCAGCUGGCCGAGGUAAACAAAAACAAGCGUGCCCCGCACACACCCCUUUGAUUGUUCUUCUCGAAAAUGGAUUAUAAUUUUGCCAAUAUUCUCCGAUACCUUGGUUAACCUAUUAUUUAACUAAAACAACGAGGCAGAAAGAAUAAUGUCGAUAGCAGCAAAAGCAACCUUGGCCCUGUCCAUCGCCAUCAGUGGAGGAAUUGUGUUUUACGUUCAUUACAAACAGAACAUGGACAGGGAACUGCUCCACGAAGGUGUUCUCAGGGACAUCGAGCGACAGCAAAGGAGGAAGACGGAGAAUUUGUACGUCCUUCAAAAACAAAUAGACUUGACGAAAGAGUUGAGAAAGACGAGUGAUUGAGAUUUGAAUUUAUUUGUAUUCUAGCCAAGGAAAUAAACUUGAACUGAUUUAAA